CUGUUCUCUGCCAUGGGAAGUGAGGAGCUCAAUCAGGCCAUACAGUCGGGCAUUGCUGCUGCCAUGGCCUCUGCAACGGAAACCAUAGUUCAACAGGUCACGGCACACGUCUCAGGCGAGCUCAACAAGAAGUUCGAGACCGUCAACAACUCCCUCCUCCUGCAUCAUAAUUCCAUCCAAGCACAGCAGACGGCCAUGACCCAGCUCGUCGACCGCGUCAACCUCCUCACCAAGCAAUGCGCGGACAACGACACCAAUCUCAAGCGCAUUGCCAGCGCAACAUCCUCGACGGCAUCUUCCAGUGGUGGGUCCAUAUCUGGCACGGCGGGCUUCGCGAGGCAGAUCCCCUCGGGUGCCAAGAAGCAGCGCGGCUUCGACGCAGUGCCUGGCGGCGACUCCUUACUCAAGUUUGUUGGCACCUUCCCUCGGCCCGUAUUGGACUCUGUCAGACGCAAGCAUUGGGACCAGCUCGUGCAGCACUUCCCGCACCUCCUGUCGGUUGGCGCCACUCCUGUCUUUCACUCCAUUGCCCAGACCUACGCAGUCAAGUUCGAGAGAGAAGAUGCAGCCAGAGAAUUCCAGCGCAUGGCCAACCUCCAGGGCAUGACGUGGACCGAUCCCCGCGACGGUAACAUCCAUCCCCUGCGCGUCAAGUCCGACCUUCCGCUCGACGUCAGGAUCAGGAAGAGGGCCUUUCACCACCUGUGGAACCCUGUCCGCUCCCUUCUCAUGCUUUCCCCGCACUGGCAAGAAGGCAAAUGUCAGCUAGGAGUGGAUGGCUUCAAAGGAGUUCUCCGAUUACGCACCGAGAGCGACGUCUGGGAGCUCGUCUCAUCGAAGCCCAUGACCCAGAGGAACGGCGAGGACUGCUAUCAAUUCGAACCGCAUCUCAGCGAGCUGGAAGCCUGGGGCAUCUCCGCAGAGCAGAUCAACACCAUCAUCAGCAAGGCGCAUGCCUCUGCCCAGGAAGCGGGCGGCGACACCGCCAUGGACUAG